AUGCAGAGCGUCUCUUCAUCUUCUGGUUCCGACACUGGCCGCUCUGCGAAAGCGCAGAAAUUCUACCGCUUGCUCUCCUUGCCUAGUGUGGAUCUCGCAGCUUUGCGGGAGCUUUUGUGGUCUGGAGCCCCGGAGGAAGACCCAAAAAUCCGUGCGGAAGCAUGGCAGAUGUUGCUGGGAUAUUUGCCUCCGGUAAAAGACAGGCAGGGACCAGGAUUGCAAAAAAAGCGGGAGGAGUAUGACGAGCUUAGGCGGAGACAUUACAUUCCCAUCGAGUCAGGACAAGAUGGUCUGAGUGAUGUGGAUUCCAUCGCAAUAUUGCGGCAGAUCCGAGUUGACAUUCCACGGACAUCUCCUGGCCUACCAAUUUUCAGCCACCCGCGGAUACACCAACUCUUGGAGCGAGUUCUCUUUAUUUGGUCCAUCCGACACCCAGCUAGUGGCUAUGUGCAAGGCAUCAACGACAUUGCUACGCCUUUCGUCGUUGUCUUGCUGGCGUCAAAGCUUGAUUGCGUGCCUGAAGAAAUAGACGUGGAUGCUGCUACUGACGACAUGCUGGAGGCCGUUGAGGCCGGUGCAUAUUGGUGUCUGACCAAGUUCCUCAGUGACAUUCAAGACCAUUAUACGGCAGGGCAGCCAGGAAUACAGCAAAUGGUAGCUAAGCUGAAAGAAAUUGUUCAUCGAAUAGACCAGAAGUUGUACGAGCACUUGGAGGGAGAGGGCCUCGACUUCCUGCAGCUUUCCUUCCGGUGGAUGAACUGCCUUCUGCUUCGAGAGUUUCCUUUCCCCUGUGUCAUUCGGCUAUGGGAUACCUACAUUGCCGAGCCUUUGGAGGGUUUCUCAUCCUUCCACGUCUACGUCUGCGCGGUGUUUCUCAUCUACUGGUCGCCGCAGCUGAAACAGAUGGACUUUCAGCAGCUCAUGCUUUUCAUGCAGAAGCUUCCAACUGGAAAGUGGCGCAACCAAGAGAUUGAAACAUUGCUUGCGGAGGCAUUCGUGCUGAAGAGCUUACUGGCAGCGUGCUGCUCUCGACAGGAGGCCAGUCUGGCGCCCUAUGUCUCCAGACCCCUGAAGGUGAAGGAGGAUCUCAAAGCAAACAGGUAUUUCGUCGCAUCAGAGUACAACUUUGAUGGAGGUUCACAUCGUUCUCCGUGGUCUGACAGGUACAUCCCUGUGCCACCUGGCGGUGAGGCCGAGGAGGAAAGGCUGUUUCGGCCAUCUGCGAGAUUGAAACGACUCGAGCAGAGCUUCAACGAGGUGUUCGAGGCUUACGUCAUGAGCUACUACGAGGGCGCGGUGUCCUCGGUGUAUCUCUGGGAUCUGGAUGAGGGUUUUGCUGGGGCCUUCCUGGUCCACAAAGAGCUGGCCAAAGUGCUGGGUGAUGGAAGGACUGGUGUGUGGGAUUCUAUCCACAUCUUGGAGGUGCGCGAGGCGCCCAACUCUCAUUACGUGGAUUUCAAGCUGUCGAGCACCGUCUGGCUGCACCUCCAGGUUGCUGUGAAGAUGGACCAGACCGAGCUCUCGGGACAUCUCACCCGGCAGGCAGAGGCUCGGCUGGACCGGCGUAAGAAGGCUGGAGAGGACGCUCAGAUCAUCCAAGUUGGAACCAUGAUCGAGGACAACGAAAUUUUUUUGCGUCACAAUCUGGGAUGCAUUCACCUGGCAAAACAACGCACUGUGCUCGACGCUGUGCGAUCACAGGCUUGA